AUGGUGGCGAUUGUUGAAGCUAGGCAGCGUAAGAGGAGUCGGAAGAAAGACGAGAGAAACAAUGGGAGAGAGAUUACGAUCCAAACUAUUGUGGAGUCGAUUCACUCAUCUUCAACGCAAGCCGUUGUGUAUGUAACUGGUGGUGCCUCUCAGGCUUUAGGUUGGUUAAUGUCAGUUCCAGGAGCUUCUAACACACUUCUUGAAGCUGUGGUUCCAUAUGCCAUGAUUUCUAUGGUUCAAUUACUUGGCAGGGUUCCGAGCCAACACUGUAACCAAGCAAUGGCGAAUAAGAUGGCUUUGUUAGCCUAUAAUCGCGCUCUUAAGCUUUCUAAACCAGGGUAUCCUGUUCUUGGUGUUGGUUUAACGGGAGCAUUGGCAAGUUCUCGUCCAAAGCGUGGUGAUCACAGAUUCUUUUUGUCCAUCAGAGCAUCUGACCGGAGCUUGGAAAUUUCAGUCACUUUAACAAAGAACCUUCGAAGCAGAGAGGAAGAAGAUAAAGUGUCAAGUUGUGUACUGAUCCAGGCUAUGGCCAAGGCAUGCAAAGUUUUUGGGACACUUGACUGUGGCUUGACCAAGUCUGAUGUGCUUGAUGAGUCUGAAACUCGGUUUAGUGAAGAGCAAGAACUAGAGCAGUUUAUAGCAGGACAACUGUGCUCUAAGAUUUAUCCAUUUUCUAAGGAAACAUACGGGUUGGAUCAAGAUAGAAAGAUUAUACAGUCUGGUUCUUUUAACCCAUUACAUUCUCAAGCUGAUGGCAGCUGCAAAGAGGUAAGCGAGUAUGUCUCUAUCGACUAUCGUUAUGUUGUACGAGUGCCUGAUUCUUGUUUAGGUGAACAUGUUUAAAAGAAAUGCUAAUCAUACAAAUGCCUGAUUCUUCUGCUGCUGUUGCUUGCUCAAAAGAGAGUUCUUCUUGCAACACCUUCCU